AUGUCACGCGCGUUGAUGAUCACUGGUGCCACCGGUAAGCAGGGUGGCUCAGUGAUAGCAGCCUUGCUCGCCGCGAAGGCCAACUUCCAGGUGCUUGCCGUCACCCGUGAUCCCUCCUCGCCAUCCGCAAAGAGACUGGCAGAAAAGUCAAGCAUGAUCACCCUCGUAGAGGGGAACUUGAAUGAUGUGGAAGCCAUCUUCCGAAAUGCGAAGAAGGCCACCACGCUGCCGAUCUGGGGCGUGUUCAGUGUCCAGACAUUCGCUAUGAACAAGACCGGACCCUUGAUUGAAGAGAAACAAGGUAGAGCAUUGGUGGACGGCGCCCUUCGGCACGGCGUACAGCAUUUUGUCUAUUCCUCCGCGGAUCGCAAUGGCGAACGAUCAUCUGAGAACCCGACCAACGUUCCGCACUUCGUCAGCAAGCACAACAUCGAACAGCACCUCUUCCGCGAAGCCAAGGGCACAGGCAUGGGUUGGACGGUCCUCCGACCCGUGGCCUUCAUGGAGAACUUUGAUGGCGGGUUCGUUGGGAAAGUGUUUGCUGCUGCAUGGAAAAUCACAGUCAAAUCUCGACCACUACAGCUGGUUGCUACGGCCGAUAUUGGCGAAUUCGCCACGAAGGUCUUCAUGGAUCCAGCCAGAUACUCUGGUAAGAGCAUCGCUCUAGCUGGGGAUGAGCUGACGUAUGAGGACAUGAAUGCGGUCUUCAAGCAAAGGACUGGGUCUGAAGUGCCGAAAACAUGGGACUUCCUGGCACGGCUGGCACUAUGGCUGUCAGAAGAGCUCGGGACAAUGUUCACUUUCUUCGAAAAGGAAGGCUUCGGUGCCAACGUGCAGGAGUUGAAGACGAUCCACCCGGACUUGACGAGUUUCAGCUCGUGGCUGGACAAAUCCCCCUACGUCCGCAAGGAGAAAUGA